CCCCGCGGGCGCCGAGGAUGCUGCGCUGCAUGCCCCCGCUGUGGCGCUGCAACCGGCAGGUGGAGGCGCUGGACCGGCGGCACUGCUCGCUGCAGGCCGUGCCCGACGACGUCUACCGCUACAGCCGCUCCCUCGAGGAGCUCCUGCUCGACGCCAACCAGCUCCGCGAGCUGCCCAAGCCUUUCUUCCGACUUCUGAACCUGCGCAAGCUGGGCCUGAGCGACAAUGAGAUCCAGCGCCUCCCUCCCGAGGUGGCCAACUUCAUGCAACUGGUGGAGCUGGACAUCUCCCGCAACGACAUUCCUGAGAUCCCCGAGAGCAUCAAAUUCUGCAAGUCCCUGGAGAUCGCGGACUUCAGCGGGAACCCCUUGUCCAGGCUUCCCGAGGGCUUCACGCAACUGCGCAGCCUGGGCCACCUGGCCUUGAAUGACGUCUCCUUGCAGAGCCUGCCCAACGACAUUGGCAAUCUGGCCAACCUGGUGACCCUGGAGCUUCGCGAGAACCUGCUGAAGUCCCUCCCUGCUUCUCUUUCAUUCCUGGUCAAAUUAGAGCAGCUGGACCUGGGGGGCAACGACCUGGAAGUGCUGCCGGACACGCUGGGCGCCCUGCCGAACCUGCGGGAGCUGUGGCUUGACCGGAACCAGCUUCCAGCGUUGCCCCCGGAGCUGGGCAAUUUGCGCCGCCUGGUCUGUCUCGACGUCUCCGAGAACAAGCUGGAGCAGCUGCCUGGCGAGAUCAGCGGGCUGGUGGCCUUGACGGAUCUGCUGCUCUCCCAGAACUUGCUGGAGUCCAUUCCAGACGGCAUUGGCCAGCUGAAGCAGCUCUCCAUCCUGAAGGUGGACCAGAACCGGCUCGUGGAGGUGACGGAAGCCAUCGGGGACUGCGCAAACCUGUCAGAGCUCAUCCUGACCGAGAACAUGCUGCCGGCCCUGCCCAAGGCCCUGGGGAGACUGGCCACGCUAACUAACCUCAACGCGGACCGGAAUCGACUGACGGCCCUUCCCGCCGAGAUUGGGGGCUGCAGCAGCCUGAACGUGCUCUCCCUCCGGGACAACCGCCUGGAGUUCCUGCCCCCAGAGCUUGCCAGCACCACCGAGUUGCAUGUACUGGAUGUGGCGGGCAACCGGCUGCAGCACCUGCCCUUUGCCUUAACCAAUCUCAACCUGAAGGCCCUCUGGCUGGCCGAGAACCAGUCGCAGCCGAUGCUGAAGUUCCAGACGGAGGACGAUGAGAAGACUGGAGAGAAAGUGCUCACCUGCUACCUCCUUCCGCAGCAGCCCUCCCCCAGCCUAGAGAACCUCCUGCACAAUAGCGUGGAGGAGAGCUGGACGGACACCAACCUCAACCGGGUCAGCGUGAUCCAGUUUGUGGACGAGCCCAGAAUGGAUGACGAGGAGGAGGAAGAGCCUGGGACGGAGAAGAGGGGGCUGCAGCGCAGGGCGACUCCACACCCCAGUGAGCUGAAGUCCAUGAAGAGGGUCAUGGAAGGGCGGCGCAGUGAGGCGUCCGCUGCCAAGCUGAGCGCUGAGCGGGACUCCCCCCGCUGCGAGGAGAAGCGACUGAGCGCCACCUCCAACCGCAGUGAGGACUCCCGAGUCUCCAGCAGCACCAUCUCUGCCAGCGGCCAGGAGGAGGCAGCGGUGAGGCAUGUGCGAGAGACCCCAAGGCCUGGAGAGGCAGCAAGCGCUGCUCUGGAGGAGGAGGGGAGAGCGGAGGAGCAGGGCCGGCUGCGGCAGGAGGCGGCUGCGGCGGAGGAAGCAGCGGCAGACCCAGAGGACGAGCUAGAGGUGGAGUACAGCGAGCCCACGGUGCACUUUGCUGAAGACACGCUGGUCCCCAGUGAGGAUGACGAGGAGGAGGAGGGACGGCCCUUCCCAGUGGGGAAGCAGCGGCUGAUCCGCAAGGACACCCCCCACUACAAGAAGCACUUCAGGAUUGCUCAGUUGCCCCGGCCUGAGGCGGUGGUGGCCCUCCUGCAAGGCUUGAGUGCUGAGGAGGGGCCCCAGGAGGAGGAGGAGGAGGCCGCGGCCGUGGCCGCAGCAGAGGAGGAAGAGGAGCCGGAGCAGGCGGGGUGGGACGAAGAGGAGGCCAGGAAUGGGGCGCCGGCUAUCCCACCCUCUGUCAAGGGGGUGUCGUUUGAUCAAGCCAAUAACCUGCUGAUUGAGCCUGCUCGCAUUGAGGAGGAAGAGCUGACUGUGGUCAUUGUGCGGCAGACGGGGGGGCUUGGCAUCAGCAUUGCGGGGGGCAAAGGCUCCACCCCCUACAAGGGAGAUGACGAGGGGAUCUUCAUUUCCCGUGUGUCCGAGGAGGGCCCGGCAGCCCGUGCAGGGGUGCGGGUGGGGGACAAGCUCCUGGAGGUGAACGGUGUGUCGCUGCACCACGCCGAGCACCACGUGGCUGUGGAGGCCCUGCGGGGCUCCGGCAGCAGCGUCUCCAUGACGGUCCUGCGGGAGCGGAUGGUGGAGCCGGAGAACGCCAUCACGGUGACGCCGCUGCGGCCGGAGGACGACUACAGCCCGCGUGAGCGCCGGGAGGGCCUGCUGCUGUUCCCGGAAGGGCCCGAGGGAUCCGGGCCCCAGGCCCAGAGGCUCUCUGCCUGCCUGAUGCGGAACGAGCGGGGGCUGGGCUUCAGCAUAGCCGGGGGCAAAGGCUCCACGCCCUACCGGCCUGGGGACACGGGGAUCUUCAUUUCGCGGAUCGCGGAGGGGGGCGCGGCGCACCGGGACGGGACCCUGCAUGUGGGCGACAGGGUCAUCUCGAUCAAUGGGGUAGACAUGACGGAAGCCAGGCAUGAUCAGGCCGUAGCGCUGCUUACUGCCGCCUCCCCCACCAUCGCGCUGCUGGUCGAGAGAGAGGCCGCCGCCACCGCCGCCGCUGCUGCCACCCAGCCCAGCCAGGGAGACCUGCCCCCGGGGGGGCAGCGAGGGCAGCGGGUGCACUCCCCUCCGCCCCCGCCCGGCCCAGGGGAGAGCCCGCCUGAGGAGACGCCCCCGCCCCACCAGAGCCACCUGCCCCCGAAGCUGGAGGGCCAGUACCCCAUCGAGGAGGUGUGCCUGGUCAAAGCAGGGGGGCCGCUCGGGCUCAGCAUUGUGGGGGGCAGCGACCACUCCAGCCACCCCUUUGGCAUCCACGAGCCUGGGGUCUUCAUUUCCAAGGUCAUCCCCCGGGGCCUGGCCUCCCGCUGUGGGCUGCGCGUGGGGGACCGCAUCCUGGAGGUGAACGGCAUCGCUCUCCGCCAUGCGACGCACCAGGAGGCCGUGAGCGCCCUGCUCUCCAACACGCAGGAGCUGAGGAUGGUGGUCAGGCGGGACCCUCCCCCGCCCGGGAUGGAGGAGAUCUGCAUUGAAAAGAGGCCGGGAGAAAAACUGGGCAUCAGCAUCCGAGGCGGCGCCAAGGGCCACGCGGGCAACCCCUUCGACCCCACGGACGAGGGCAUCUUCAUCUCCAAGGUCAGCUCCACAGGGGCUGCAGCCCGCGACGGCCGGCUGAAAGUGGGCCUGCGCAUCCUGGAGGUGAAUCACCAGAGCCUGCUGGGCAUGACGCACACGGAGGCGGUCCAGAUCCUGCGCGCCAUAGGGGACACUCUGCUGGUGCUCGUCUGCGAUGGGUUUGACCCCAAGGCUGUGGUGGCCAUGGAGAUGUCUCCGGGGAUCAUCGCCAACCCCUUUGCGGCCGGCGUGGGGCGCAAGAACAGCUUGGAGAGCAUCUCGUCCAUUGACCGGGACCUCAGCCCGGAGGAGCUGGACAUUCUCCAGAAGGAGAUGGAGAUGGUGAGGGAGACGACCCAGUGGGAGAGGGAAGCGAUGGAGAAAGUGGAGCGGAUGCGCAGGGAGCAGGAGACGGCUGCACAGCUGCUGACGGAGGAGGAGGAGGAGGAGGCCGAGGACCUGGGCACGGAGCCCCUGCAGCUGAACUACCGGACCCUGGCGGCCCUCCCCAACACCGGCCUCCAGAGAGCCCCCCGCAGUCUUCUUCCCCGUUGUGAAAUGGAAAGGGACUCCCUGGUGCUUCCCCUGUUGGUUCCCCCCUGCUCGGACCCGGGCCAGGCGAGCGGCGGCAGCGGCGCGCCUCUUUCGGCAGCCGGGGGGGCUGCCCUCCUGCUGCAGCCUGAGGAGGAGGAGCAGAGCUUGGUGGACUCUCAGCCCAUCCCUUUCAGCGCCAACCCCUUUGUGGUGGCCAACCGGCAGGGCAAGGCGUGCUUGGGGGGGCCCCCCCUGGGCUACGGCCAGAGGGGCGUGCUGAAGACGAGCCUCUGUGCCCAGGCAAGCAGCGUGGCCGGACCGGCCAACAGAGUGCCGUGCUGUGUUGCUGCUGCCUCCCCGGCUGCAUGCUGCCGGGCGGAAAGGCCGCCUGCUCUGCCUGCCUGCCUGCCGGCGUGUUCUGGGGCUGCCUGCCUGCCUGCCUGCCUCCCUCCUCAGCUGGGGUCUUCGGCUGGACGUGGGGGGGGGGCGGCAGGGGGCUCUUCCUUGGGCUGCAGCCCACCCCAGAUCUUGCCUGCGUGUGCCUGCGUUGCUGUGCAGUGCAUGGAGGAAUCGAGCCUGGCAGGGGAAGGUGAACUGGGAACAGCCUGGCGAGACCCCCCUGGCAACGCACAGCCCUGUGCCGCCUCCCGGCCUGCCCACCUGGUGGGCAGAGAGACCCGCUUCGCCUCUGUGCAUUUUGUCCCCACCCACAACGAAAGCAAGGCGACCAAGCCAGGCACGAUCCAGCCCUUCUCGCGCUUACGCCCAGCCCCGGCCUCCUCAGCUGCUCCCUGUGAAGGCCGGGACAGCCCCAACCCGUUCCAGCAGCCUGAGCUGCACUCCAGCACCCACGACUCUCCGCGCGCUCCCCGUGCCUCCUCGCCAGACGAGCUCCCCGUCAGCGCCAAGCAGGCCUACAAGGCCUUUGCAGCCGUCCCUGUCCCGCAUCUGCCGCUGGAGCCGGAGGAGCCACAGAGGCAGGAGAUGGUGGAGAAGUCUCCAGGCCCCUCUGAGACUGCCCCACCGGGGGCUUUGCCCAGCCCAGAGCAGCGCCCCUUCCGCGAGAGGCAGAAGUACUUUGAGGUGGAGCUGAAGCAGCGGCCGGUGGAGAAGCCGCCCAAGCGGGUGUCCCUGGUUGGGGAAGACGACCUGAAGAAGAUGAAGGAGGAGGAAGCUCGCAAACUGCAGCAGAAGCGAGCCCAGCUGUUGGAGGAGGAGGACGAGGAGGAUGAGGAGGAGGAAGCGGAGGGCGUGAGAAGGCCCCCCCCAGGCACAAGUGCCCCCUCCAGCAUCUUCAUUGAGGGAAUCGAGUACAAAGUCGAGAAGCUGGACGGGAGCAGGCAGCUGUCCCCGACGGCAGUGUCUUGGUUCUCAGAGCCCGACCGGCACAACGGCUCGCAGAGGAACUCCCUGGAGGAGGGCCUGAAGCUGGAGCCACGGCCCACGUCCACGGCUAGGCUGAGCCCGCCUUGCCCCAGAGGUGGGGAGCUGGGGGCGCCCGUCAGGACAGCGAAAGCUGAGCGGAGGCAUCAGGAGCGGCUCCGUGUGCAGAGCCCGGAGCUCCUCAGCGCCCAGGAGAAGAAGCAGGAGCUCUCCCCGGCCGAGAGGCGGGCCCUGGAAGCGGAGAAGCGGGCCAUGUGGCGGGCAGCCCGGAUGAAGUCCUUGGAGCAGGACGCGCUCAAAGCCCAGAUGGUGAUUGCCAAGUCCAAGGAGGGGAAGAAGCGCAGCACGCUGGAGCAGCUGGCGGAGUCGCCCUCCCCGGCCCCCACCCCCUCACCAACCCCCCUGGAUGAAUUCAGCUCCCGGAUCGUCGCAUCGCCAGGCAGACUGGUAGGAGGCGGGCCCAUGGCGCGGUCUGUGCCUGAAAAGAAGUUUCUCUACAGGGAAUUUGCUGCCAUUCCUUCUUCCAAACCUGUUUAUGAAAUCCAGACUCCAGAUGGCGGCGACGCCUGCAGGCUCCUCAACGAUGCCGGCAGCUCAGUGAGUCAGGAGCAAGAUGGACAGGCAGAGGACCAGGAGGAACCGCCGCCGCCGCCACCCCCCUCUGCGGCCCCCGGCGCAUCCCCUCGGGAGGAGACGGGGCUCUUUGGUGGCCAGCGCGUGCUCCGGCACGGCCAGCACAGCUUGGAAGCGGCCGUCCCCACAUAGGAGACCUGCCUUCGGCGGCUGUGAGCAAAUAACACCAAGCCAGGGGCCAGCUCUGUGGACAGCGUGGAACGGGGCCAGCUGGCCCCUGCAUGGACCCCGGGCAGAACACCUCCCCGGAGGCUUAGCCGGCACCUCUCAGGCCGUGGGUCUCCCUCCUCUCCCCACAAGGCUCUGGGACAGUGAAGAGCAGCAGCGGCAGGGCUAAGGGAGGCCCGUGGCAUGGCAUGAAUGUUUCUGCUGCUUGGGCGUGUGUGUGCAGCGGCUGCCACAGCCACCUGACCGCUGCCUGCGGGAGCCCCAGCAGACCUUUGCCAAACCGCAGGUGAGGUGGCCCCCCUCCUACCACCUCCCCCCGCUCCAGGGCAGCGGAUGGCCCCCGAGAGAGAGGGGGCAAAGCUUUACCCUGUGCUGCCGUUUCCUGCCUCUUUCUCGUCCGAGAGCCUGGCCAUCCUAUCGGUGCCCAGGGGGGCAGGGGCAGCCUGCAGGAACCGGUGCCUCAGUCUGCUUCACCAGGUAGGAGGGAAAUGCCCGAGAGCUGCCCGGGGCAAGCCAAGGUGGAGCCGUGAGGGGGGGUGGGGGGGCA